UGGUAGAACCGAACAUAUGAAGCUAUGAUUUAGUCUAACGUUGGCUGACUAACACCUGCACUUUCAAUGCAAGGCGUUUUCUCCUUUUCUGGCAGGUUUUUUUUUUUUUCAUACAGAUUAGCUGCAGCAGCUGAGGACGUCUGCAGUCCCAUUUUAACCAUGUCGACCACCGAAGAAAUCCCUGCUUUUUUCAAGAGCAUGGGCUCUGGGAGCCCCAAGCCCCGGCAGAAAUUCUGUGGCAUGUUCUGUCCGGUGGAGGACUCGACCGAAAACAAGACUCUGGAUUUCGACUCUCUGUCAGUGGGUAGGGCUGGUGGCAGGACUGACAACCGAGUCAUUGACAAGCAGAGGGACAUCUCCCAGCCCGCCGCGAGGAAGGUGGAGAUACGGAAAAGCACCGGUAAAGAAGCGCUCCAGAAUCUCAACGAUGAGAGUGACCGUCUGCUGAUCAAAGGGGGAAAAAUCGUGAAUGAUGACCAGUCUUUCCACGCUGAUAUCUAUAUGGAAGAUGGCGUCAUCAAACAAAUUGGGGAAAAUCUCAUUGUGCCCGGUGGGGUGAAGAUAAUCGACGCCCAUGGGCGCAUGGUGAUGCCAGGGGGCAUCGAUGUGCACACACGCUUCCAGAUGCCCGACCGGGGAAUGACGGCGGCCGAUGACUUCUUCCAGGGGACUCGUGCCGCUCUGGCUGGAGGAACCACCAUGAUCAUUGAUCACGUGGUCCCGGAGCCCGGGGCGAGCCUGGUGGCGGCGUUCAACCAGUGGCGGGAGUGGGCGGACAGCAAGUCCUGCUGCGACUACUCCCUGCAUGUGGACAUCACUGAGUGGCACAAGGGCGUGCAGGAGGAGAUGGAGACUCUGGUGAAGGAUCACGGUGUCAACUCUUUCCUGGUCUAUUUGGCUUAUAAGGAUGUCUUCCAGCUUUCUGAUUCUCAGAUGUACGAGGUGUUCAGCGUGAUCAGGGACCUGGGUGCCAUCGCGCAGGUCCAUGCGGAGAAUGGAGACAUCAUUGCAGAGGAGCAGCGCAGGAUUCUGGAACUUGGCAUCACUGGGCCUGAGGGUCAUGUGCUGAGCCGCCCUGAGGAGGUGGAGGCGGAGGCAGUCAACCGCUCAGUUACGGUGGCCAAUCAGACCAACUGUCCACUCUACAUCACCAAGGUGAUGAGCAAAAGUGCCGCUGAUGUCAUAGCCCUGGCCAGGAAGAAAGGCACUGUUGUGUAUGGAGAGCCCAUUUCAGCCAGUCUCGGCACGGACGGCUCUCACUACUGGAGCAAGAACUGGGCCAAAGCUGCCGCCUACAUCACGUCUCCGCCCCUGAGCCCCGACCCCACCACCCCCGACUAUCUCAACUCGCUGCUGUCUUGUGGUGAUCUGCAGGUGACCGGCAGUGCCCACUGCACAUUCAACACAGCUCAGCGUGCUGUGGGGAAGGACAACUUUACACUCAUUCCAGAGGGCACCAAUGGCACUGAGGAGCGGCUGUCCAUUAUCUGGGACAAGUGUGUGGUGACAGGGAAGAUGGACGAGAACCAGUUUGUGGCCGUCACCAGCACCAACGCUGCCAAAAUCUUCAACCUUUACCCGCGCAAGGGCCGCAUCGCCGUGGGUUCUGACGCUGAUCUGCUGCUCUGGGACCCCGAUGUCACCAAGAUCAUCUCAGCCAAGAGCCACAACCUGGCUGUGGAGUACAACAUCUUUGAGGGGACAGAGGUGCGUGGCGCCCCCCUGGUGGUGAUUAGCCAGGGCAAGAUCGUGCUGGAGGAUGGCAACCUGCACACUACUGAGGGUUCAGGGCGCUACGUGCCCAGGAAACCCUUCCCUGACUACGUCUACAAGAGAAUAAAGGCCCGCAGCAGGCUGGCGGAACUGCGGGGGGUCCCGCGGGGGCUCUACGACGGGCCUGUGUGUGAGGUGUCAGUGACACCCAAGACUAUCACCCCUGCCUCCUCUGCCAAGACAUCUCCAGCCAAGCAGCCCAUCCAGCCAGUCCGCAACCUGCACCAGUCUGGGUUCAGCCUGUCGGGUGCUCAGAUCGAUGACAACAUCCCUCGACGCACCACCCAGCGCAUUGUGGCGCCCCCUGGUGGGAGGGCCAACAUUACCAGUUUGGGUUAAGCUCUCCCAUCGGCUGAUUAGGGGAGGGGGAUGCCAGGAAGCAGGGUCCCAGCCCAGAGACCACGCCCACCACAGGAGCUGCACCCAAGAAGGUCCCUGCGAUAUUCCCCCCCCUCCCCUGUCCCUUAACCACUCCCCCUCAUUCAGCACACUCCGCCCACUGUCCCACAUGGAGCCACCCACAGAAACAUAAUAAAAAAAAAAAUCAAUCGCCUCGUUUAAAGAAAAAAAGCACUCCGUGUUUGAGCACUCUAGACUGUAUUAUUUAGUGUUUUAUACUGUACCUACCUACCUGCCAUACGCCAUUUUGAGUUUUUAAAAGGAAGAGUCAAGUGAAUUGAGACUGAGCAGUUUUAAUUGUUUACUACUUGUACGAAGAAAUGGUAUAGACGAUUCUAGGAUGUAGUGUUCACGUCUUAGGAUAACAGACACAAAGGCUGUCUUUGCAUUGUGGUCCAAUGCUGUGUUUUUGAACAUCUGAACUGAGACCAGUAGUGUGACAUAAGCUCUGAAAAAGAAGCCUCAGAAUGAACAGGGGAUACUUCUUGUAUUUUUUUUUUCACCACAGAAAAGGAAAAAAAUAUAUCCUGUGUAGCUUUCAGCAGCCAGAAUGCUGUGAAUGAGGGAGGUGCUCAAGAAUAACUGGUUAUUCUAUUCAGCUCUUCAGAUCAUGCAAGCGUCCAACCCAAGCAGAAUUCCUGCUCCGCAUUUGGAAGCUGCUUUAGAACUUGUGAGGUGGGAGAGCUUGGAAGGGGGCCGCCUUUGGCUCGCAGUGAAUAAUGUGUUUUGUUGUGUCUGAGUACGUUCUCUUGGCACUGACUUUGUGUAUGAGUCUGUGCGGUUGUGGGAGAAGUGACUGGAAGCCGUUUUGAAGGAGCUGGAAGUAUGAAUCCAGGCCUGUCACUCUUGUACAAUGACCUAGACUGUAGGGACAGAAAGGAAAAAAGGAAGGGGAGAUAUUGCCCCAACUGCUCGCUCUAGUUAUUCAGUUUUCAUUUGCCUCACCUUUUCUCUCAGUGCCCACUGUUAAUGUGUGACCAGAAUGAGCAGAAAAGCUGAGGUGAGUGUCAAGAGCCCCCUCCUCUGUCAAACGCAGAGUCUGGGCCUUGUCAUCUCACACUGGAAUCCACACAGCCCCUCUUAACUGCAGUGCAGUAGCAGGGUUUUAGAUUAUCUCUGCAUAACAUUUCGUGAAUAGGACUGUGGCAGUGACCAGGCAUCAAAUUGCGCCCCUAUGUUUCUGAGGAAAACAGUCCUGCUCCAGACUCCCUGUUCUAGAGGUGUGUUUACCAAAGUGUGCACUGAAACAGCCGAAUGUUUCGCCCAGUUUUCCUCUCACCAAUUUAUCUGUGCUUACAGUGUGCCUCAUCUGUCUCUUCAGAACCCAUGCAAUCCAUCCAAGUGUUGAUAUCAGACUCUUGAGUGUUACUGACGUCAGAAAAACAUGCAGUAUGAACUAUAGAAUAAUAACUGUUAUUAACCAGUGCUAAAGUGCCAGAAUUUCUUUCUAUUCCUAAUGCAGAGCUUUGAAAGUAUCAUUUUGUACAUUACAUUUUUCAACCAAUGCUGUUGUUAUUGUGUUUUUGAGGAAUUCCCGCUGGGCUACAUUUUCCUUUGUUCAUUGUGGCAGCAAAGAGGACCAUAGUGUACAGGUUCCGAAAGCAACAAGUGUUGCUUUUGAGGAGAACACUCGCGUUAUGCACCAGUCUGAAUUUAGCUUUCGAUUGGUCUCUCAGAGGGCCUUAAACCUGGUAGAAAUCGCUCGAUCAAUAGCUGUGUUGAACAAUCUGUUUUCCAUUUCACAAAGCCAUUUUCCAGUUGUGAUUUUUUCCCCCUGCUCUCCAUGUUAGAGAAAACUUGGCAUCUGUAACUAAACGGUCCCUCCCAUGCAGAGACCUCGCCAUAGCUCUGCUAAUACACAUGCAACAGUAGUGUAGUCUGUCUUUUCUCAUCUCGAUCGGUGUUUGCACUAUUCUGGAACUGCACUGCAUGCAGAAUAUUUGAAGGAUGUUUUUUGUUCACAUUGAAGGCAGCUGCAGGUUUGUGAGAAAGCCCUUUUGGCAUGUGUGUGGUAUUCACGUCCCGAGGAUCCACAGAGGUCAGUAACCCCUCCCCAGAGGUCUGUUUUAGUAUUCAAAUUUUCAUUCACAUUGUAGGCUCUGUCAAGUUUUGGCGCAAAUGACUGUUUCAGAAAGUGAUUCUGGCCAGUUUUUUCACGGCUCAGCGGUCUAUGAAAAUGAAUUCACUUUAGUCUUCCUUUUUUUCCUCAUGUUG